UUCACUUCUCAUGUUCGAAGGCUCGAGGAAAAAUAAAAUUCCGAGUAAAACUUCAAAAUGGCGCGACUGCUGAGUGUAAACACCCAGUUUUGAUGUUAAGUAAAGUGCAUUAGCCGCGAGGUGUUCGCGUGAAAGUUCGAUUGGCUGUUACAUCUUUUUUGUGUUUCACGGUGCAACGAUCAAAUUUUAUCUGAAUGUUCACUGUAUCCACGAUCGCCCAUUCCAUACCAGUUGUUUCAGGGAGUGACCCGACUAAGAUGACGCAAAAGCGUGGUGUUGGCAUGUCACAUGUAGGAUCCGACGAGGAUGAUCCCAGCGGGUGUAAAUAUAGAAGGCUGGAGAACGAGAAUGUACAGGACAAAGAAAGAUUUGCGAGCAGGGAGAAUCAUUGCGAAAUUGAGCGGCGGCGGCGGAACAAGAUGACCGCCUAUAUCACCGAAUUGUCCGACAUGGUGCCGACGUGUUCAGCCCUGGCCAGGAAACCGGACAAAUUGACCAUACUCAGGAUGGCAGUCGCCCAUAUGAGGAACCUCAGAGGAACAGGAAACACCAGCUCGGACGGUGCAUACAAGCCCUCGUUUUUAACCGAUCAAGAGCUGAAACACCUGAUCCUGGAGGCGGCGGAUGGUUUCUUAUUCGUCGUCAGCUGCAACACCGGGACGAUCAUCUACGUAUCCGAUUCCGUGGCGCCAGUUUUGAACUACACGCAAAACGAUUGGUACGGCACCAGCCUCUAUUCACAGGUCCAUCCGGACGAUACAGAGAAAGUGAAGGAACAAUUGAGUGGUGCCGAACCGGAAAACGGAGGCAGAGUACUGGACUUAAAAACGGGGACUGUGAAAAAAGAAGGACAGUCAUCGAUGAAAAUAUGUAUGGGCUCAAGGAGAGGUUUCAUCUGUCGUAUGAAGGUGGGCAACAUGCAAACAACCGGCGACAUGGCUGCCGCCCAUGGACUCCACCACGUGAAACAGAGGAACUCGCUCGGUCCGCCCUCACGCGAUGGUCAAAAUUAUGCGGUGGUUCAUUGUACAGGGUACAUCAAGAGUUGGCCCGCAAAUGGUGAUUUUGUUCCCCCAUGUGUACCAGGUAUGGGUCUAGUUGACAGGGAAGCUGCUGGUGUUCAAGUCGGACCUGACGGCGUGAUCACAGAAGAAAACAAUAGCACUCACUGCUGCCUGGUUGCCAUUGGGCGGCUACAGGUCACUAGUACACCAAAUAGUAGCGAUUUAGCAGGUUCCAAUAGCAAUAAUGAAUUUAUUUCACGUCAUUCAGCAGAAGGUAAAUUUACCUUCGUGGACCAAAGAGUCGGUGGAAUUCUAGGGUACACGCCUUCCGAACUCUUAGGUCACCCGUGUUACGAAUUCUUUCACCCAGAGGAUUUGACGCAUAUGCGAGAAAGUUUCGAGCAAGUGCUUAAGAUGAAAGGACGAGUAAUGUCUAUGAUGUACAGAUUUCGAGCCAAAAAUCGUGACUGGGUGUGGUUAAGGACAUCUGCAUUUGCAUUUAUAAACCCGUUCAGUGACGACGUUGAAUACAUCGUCUGCACAAAUACACAUACCAAGUCGUUCCAUCCUGGUAGUGAUGGACAAACAGAAAAUGAAGCUGUACCUGCUUAUGGACAACCUGGCCUCGAUUAUUCCCUUCAGAGACACCCUGCUAGGGAUCCCCUAUAUUCUGGGCAUCACAUGAUGCAACACCCGGCGACCGUUGCUACAGCUGGUCCUCAACAGCCUAGGCCGUCCAGUACACAAAAUGUUUAUCAGGGAUAUGAAACAACACAAUCACCUAUAGCUUAUGGCUCACCUGGCCAGCAGAGUGCAUCAUCUUCAGUUUUAAGUAGAAUUCAAAAACCAGCUAACACUUCGCCAACUCCAGUGCAACAAGCGUGGACUAUUGGAAGACAGCAACCUGUAACAGAAGGAUAUCAGUACAAUCAGUUAAGUCCUUCGAGGUCACCAAAUGGACCAACUUAUACUCAAUUAAGUAGCGGCGCUAGGACACCGGCUACACAAUACCAUGCGGUCACAACAGUACCUAAUAAUCCCGGUAUGUGGGGAUGGCAGAGUCAGCAACAUCAAGCACCUCAACAAGAUGGGGGACAAUCAAAUCCUCAAGUGACCGGACAAGCACAACCGCCCCAUCCUUCCCAAGGUGGACCUGGCACACAACCUCAAGAAUUAUCUGACAUGUUACAGAUGUUACAAGAUCAGGGUGGUGCAUCCGGUUUCGAGGAGUUAAAUAUGUUCAAUACAAAUUUCGAGUAGCGACAAGAAAGCAGCAUAGCGGAUAAACAUCUACCUUAAGAAAGCUUUAAGGUUCGAAUUUCAUUGGUAGAAUCCCGGAAUUGUUCCAAGUAUCGUAAAUCACAUUUUUACUUCAGCAUUUAAUUGCGAUACGAAAAUUCACCAGUCAGCACCUCACGCGUACUCUAAUCGAAUCGACUAAUUUACAAUAGGUUCAC